AUGCCGGGACCGUACGAUCAUCAAUCAAAAAAACGUCGCCUUGACACCGAAGACGAUGGGGGGGAUGCAUCAAACUUCAGAGCGCCGGCCCGCUUCCGGCCAACCAUCCCCAGAGAGUGGACCAUAUCGAUUGCGGUUCCUACCAGCUUGAUCACAGACUGCGUAACACGGGAGCAACGGACCACCAACGUCGGCCGCGUCGCACGCGCCAUGGCUAUCUUCUCCGUCGAUGAAGUGGUAGUCUACGAUGACAGCCCGACAGACAAGCGCAUCACCAACGCCGACCCAGACGCCUACACGGGCGAUGUCGACCCGGCGCACUUUAUGGAACACAUCCUCACCUACCUCGAGACCCCGCCGUUCAUGCGCAAAGUCCUGUUUCCGAUACACCCGAACUUGCGGUCCCAGGGUCUUCUACCGAGUCUUGACAUGCCGCAUCACCCUCAUAAGGACGAAUGGCUUCCGUAUCGCGAGGGGAUGACGUUGGAGGUGCCACCAAAAGGUGGGAAAGGCACCGUCGUUGACAUCGGCAUGCCCCAAACCGUGACCGUGACCGAGUCCAUCCCGCCCAAGACCCGCGUAACCCUCCGCAUGCCCGACGAGCCACAAAGCGGAACCGCCGAGCCGAUCCACCCAACAGCGCCGCGCACGGAAGCCGGCUACUUCUGGGGCUUCAGCGUGCGCAAGGCGAGCUCCCUGUCCGCAGUGCUGACCGAGAGCCCGUACGAGGACGGCUACGACAUGAGCAUCGGGACGUCAGAGCGCGGGCUGCCGCUAUCGCGCGCGUUUCCGGACUACGAGCAGGCCAACUUCAACCAUCUCAUUGUGAUUUUUGGCGGGCCGCGUGGGUUGGAGUACGCGGCCAUGAAUGAUCCGCAGCUGGGGGAGAUGGGGAUUGCUGGGGCCCGGACGAAGGAGCUGUUUGAUCACUGGGUGAAUGUGUUGCCGAACCAGGGCACGAGGGGGAUUAAGACGGACGAAGCACUGUUGAUAGCCAUGACCGGGUUGAGGAGGCUGUGGGAGAGCAGCUGA